AUGCUCCUCCCUAGGAAAAUAGGGGCUAAAUACGCCUUGAUUCCUUGUGCUGGGCUGCUGCUCUUCUUGGCUUACUUUUACCUAUGGCGGAGUGGGAACGAUGUUUACCUGACAAUCGCAGGGCCAGUCGAGGGUUGGCUGCCUCAAAUGGGAAAGGACAAUUUCUGGAACAAUGUUCCUAUCCAUUACCCACCUUCCACCAUCCGGCCGUCACGCACUGGCACACCGGUCAAAUACCCGCCUGUUCAAGCUACAGCAUUUCCAACCCAGCAGCAGGGCGCACACCCCGAACUGAGCAAACGCCGUCAGGCUGUCAGAGAUGCCUUUGCCAAGUGCUGGCAGUCUUACAAGAAGUACGCUUGGGGUUCCGAUGAGUUGACUCCGGUAUCAGGCGGUCGUCGAGAUACCUUUGGUGGCUGGGCUGCCACGUUGGUCGAUUCGCUCGACACAUUAUGGAUAAUGGACCUGAAGGCCGAAUUCUACAAGGCCGUUGCCGCAGCGGAGUCCAUCAACUUCACCCAUACCGAGUUGCCAGAGGUCAAUAUCUUCGAGACAAACAUUCGCUAUCUCGGCGGCUUCCUAUCGGCCUUUGACUUGAGCGGGGAUAUACGGCUACUACGCAAGGCGGUCGAGGUCGGCGAGAUGCUGUACAAGGCCUUCGACACACCAAACCGUAUGCCCGUUACACGUUGGGACCUCCAUGCGGCUGCCAGGGGCGAGAAGCAGGUCGCGCGUGACAGCGUGGUUCUCGCCGAAAUAGGCAGCUUGUCCAUGGAGUUUACUCGUCUCUCCAUGCUGACCGGAGAUUCAAGGUGGUUCGAUGCCGUGCAACACAUUGCGGAUGAGAUGGCCGCACAACAGGGUUCGACCGCCCUCCCGGGCCUCUGGCCCCUGAAGGUGAAUGGGGAAAAGGCAGACUUCAGCUCUGGCUCAAUCUUCAGCCUGGGUUCUAUGGCUGACUCGGCAUACGAGUAUCUGCCUAAGAUGGCUGCCUUGAUUGGUGGUGAGCUCCCAAUGUACCAGGAGAUGUACGAGAAGGCUAUGGAUGCGGCAAUCAAGCACAAUUUGUUCCGUCCACUGACACCGACAAACGAGGACAUUCUUAUUGCGGGCAAUAUCCACGCCGGGGACCAUGGUCUCGAGCUCGAGCCGAGAGAUGAGCACCUUGUCUGCUUCUUAGGGGGGUUGAUGGCACUGGGCGGAAAGUUAUUCGGCCGGGAGAAGGAUAUUGAUGCUGCCAAAAGGCUUACAGACGGCUGCAUAUGGGCGUAUAAAGUGUUCCCUAGCGGCAUCAUGCCCGAGGUGCUUUAUGUGGCCCCGUGCAAGCUGAAUGAUGAUUGCAAAUGGAAUGAACGAGUCUGGAAACAAGAGGUCCUCCAAAGAGUCAGGAAGGAGGACCCGAACACGACAGAAGGCGAAGCCGAUAUCGACACCAUCAUCGAGAGGGCGCGGUUACCGAAAGGAGUGACUUCUGUUACGGAUCCGCGAUAUUACCUGCGGCCGGAAGCUAUCGAGAGCGUCUUUGUGCUAUACCGUGUUACUGGGCGGGAAGAUUUGUUGGAGACGGCGUGGAACAUGUUUACAGCCAUUGACAAGGCCACUAGCACCACUCUGGCCAACUCAGCAAUCCGCGACGUCACCAUCACGGGGAAGGCGGAGACGAUAGACCUGAUGGAGUCGUUCUGGAUGGGGGAGACGCUGAAAUACUUUUACCUCAUAUUCAGCGACCCCGGGCUGAUCAGCCUCGAUGAAUUUGUCUUCAACACGGAAGCACAUCCUUUCCGUCGGCGAGUGGUGUCAGCAACAACUUGA